AUGGCAUACGACGGAGGCUACGGCGGCCAACAACGAUCUUACGGGGGUCCAGCGCCACAAAGGCCUGCCCCGCGACAGCAGGGCGGCGCGCCUCCGCAACAGUACGGAGCACCACAACAAUAUGACGAUUACCAAAAUGGCUAUGGAUACGAUGGCUACAAUGAGGGUUACGGGCAGGAAUAUGGGGGACAAUAUCAGGAUCAAAACUAUGGACGAGGGCCACCUCCGCCUCAAGAUCCGUACGGACCUGGGCCAGGUCGCGGUGGACGCCCGAUGCCUGGUGGCCGCGGAGGAGGACCAGUUCCUCGCCCACAGACAGCUGAUCCCCAUCGAGGACGCGGAUAUCCUCCUCGGGGAGGCAUGGGCCCAGCACCAGAUCGAGGCAUGCCCAAUGGGCCGCCUGGGAGAGGCGGUAUGCGACCUGGUCCUUAUGGCGCGCACUCGGAUCCAGCAGCACGCCGUGCGCCAAUGACAAAUACGCCCCCUAUGAGCCCUCGAGACGCGCAUUUUGGAAAUCAAUAUCCCCCACAAGGUCAAGGACGACGGCCAGACAUGGGGCAUGAACAGCAGAUGGUUGAACAAAUGUCCAACAUGGAUUUGAACCAGAGAUCAAUGAUGCCACCAAACGGUCGCCCCAGUUUUGAAAGUCAGCGAGGUCAAGGCGACUAUGGACGACAACCCGCGAAUGGUGGACGAGGCCCUCCUCCCAGAGGAUAUCAGCAAGGUUAUCAGGACUCAAGAGGUGCCCCCCAAAGGCAGGAUGCAGGUUAUGGACCUCAAGGGGGGUACGGGGGGUAUGACGAUGGAUAUGGUGGCGCGCAAGAGCCCCCAGCUGGUGGCUUUGGUCCGCCAGCUCGAAGCAUGACGAUGCCUGUGGAGGAUACUAGGUCAAGAAACAAUCCGCCUCCUCAGCGGAUGGACCCGGCGCAAUACAGCACUCCUGCUGGUCGAGGCAUUCCUCAGCGGCCUUCGACCGCUGGAGGCCACCGGGCACCUCCUCAGAGAUCAUAUACUGCCAAUCCGCAAGUAAGCGCAGGUGGGCAGUACGGCGGAGAGUAUGGCGAUGGACAGGGCUAUCGAAAACAGUCAGCAACAUCGUAUGAUGAUGUCUAUGACUCUUACUUCGAUAACCAGCGAGAUAGCAACGGAUCACAACCGCAGCAGAACCGGGGCAGCUACCCCGACUUUGACGCAAUGCCAUCCCAGGGCAACCGUGGUUCUUUUGAACAGUCGAUGCGUCCUGCGGCUGAGCAGCCUCAACGUGGAGCGCAUCAGACGGCUGUGCUGAACCAUGCCAAGUCGCAGCCUUCGCUUCGCCAACCACAAGCUGCCGUAUUCGAGAUGGCGGGUGAUGUACCAGAUGUCCCCCCAGUUCCACAAAUGAACGCCCACCGAGGAAGCUAUGAUCAGGCCUACCACGGCCACGGCCACGGAUCUGGAGGAUAUGACCAGAUGCCUCCAAGGGGGCCAAGCGCGCCUCCUGCGGCCAUGAACGGGGCACGAAAUGGAGGACCAAUGAACCCAGACGGCCUGCCCUCGCACCCGGCACCUGUACGCCCAGGACUCAUGCAGGACUCGGUGGUCAAUAUGGGCAACAAACCAGCUCCUGUACGAAACUACGGCGUUUCCACUCCAGCUCCUCCACCUCAGCCCCAACAGCAACGACAGCCUCAGUAUCAACAGCCUCCACAGCAGCAACCUCAAUAUCAGCAACCCCCGCCGCAACAAUCACCACCCCGAAGCAAUGGUCAACGUCAGCCUGCUCGGGAUGAAGGCCCCGUUACCACGCAAGAACUGGAGCACCUAAGGAUGGUGAUCAAAUCCAACUCGAGCGAUCAAGACUCGGCUCUCAAGUUGGCGAGGAGAUUGGUGGAAGCUGCUGACGUGCUGGCGCCUAAGAUGCCUGAUCCCAAGCAACGUGGCCGAGCCCGCGAACGAUACUUGAUCGACUGUCACAAGAUUCUCAAAAAGCUCUCAAACGCGCAGAACCCCGACGCCAUGUUCUUUCUGGCAGACUGUAUCGGCAGAGGUCUCUUUGGUGAACCCGACAACAAGGAAGCAUUCACCCAAUAUCAAUCUGCGGCAAAGCUUGGACACCCGGGAGCAGCUUAUCGAACUGCAGUGUGUUGUGAGAUUGGACAUGAGGAUGGCGGCGGCACGCGGAAGGACCCAAUGAAGGCGAUCCAGUGGUAUAAACGGGCUGCAACACUCGGCGACCCUCCUGCGAUGUACAAGGUGGGAAUGAUCCUUCUCAAGGGUCUUUUGGGCCAGCCCAAGAAUCCCCGGGAGGCGGUAGGAUGGCUGAAGCGGGCGGCCGAGCGGGCAGAUGCCGAGAAUCCCCAUGCGCUUCACGAGCUUGGCCUGUUGUACGAGUCGGCGCAGCCCAACGACGCCAUCAUCCGAGACGAGGCAUACGCGUACAGCCUGUUCCUCCAAGCUGCCGAGCUAGGCUACAAAUUCUCCCAGUAUCGGCUUGGCUGUGCCUUUGAGUAUGGCUUGCUAGGAUGCCCCAUUGACCCUCGGCAGUCCAUCAUGUGGUACUCCAAGGCGGCAACACAGGAGGAGCACCAGGCGGAACUUGCCCUGAGCGGAUGGUACUUGACGGGCAGCGAAAACGUGCUUGGCCAGAGUGACACAGAAGCAUAUCUGUGGGCGCGCAAGGCGGCCAUUGCCGGACUGGCAAAGGCCGAAUAUGCUAUGGGCUACUUUACUGAGGUGGGCAUUGGAGUCCCGCCCAACCUAGAAGAUGCAAAGAGAUGGUACUGGCGAGCCGCCGCUCAGGACUUCCCCAAGGCCCGCGAACGAUUGGAGGACCUGAAGCGCGCAGGCAAAAACGGUGUGCGCCAGCGAGAACGCAUAUCACGCAGCAAGAUGGAUAGGCAUCAGGAAGGAGAUUGCGUUGUGAUGUAA